AUGAACUCAAUAAGACUGUUUGUGCUUUUGUUAGCGGCAGUUCUAACACAAGCAGGUGUAGUACCUUCAAGGCUGAGGAAUAUAGAUGAAAAAGUUAUAACUUUGGUAACAGAUGGACCUAAAAAUACUACAUUAAUGUCAACAACUACAACAGAAGGCCCCUUAACUACUACUUUAACAACAGAAGGACCCGCAAAUAGUACUUUAAAGCCUACAACAACAACAUCAACAGAAGGACCCUUAACUACUACUUUAACAACAGAAGGACCCACAAAUAGUACUUUAAAACCCCCAACAACAACAACAGAAGGCCCCUUAACUACUACUUUAACAACAGAAGGACCCGCAAAUAGUACUUUAAAGCCUCCAACAACACCAACAACUGAAGGCCCCUUAACUACUACUUUAACAACAGAAGGACCCACAAAUAGUACCUUAAAACCUCCUAUAACAGAAGGACCUGAAGGUGAGAUUCAAAACGGAGUGGUGGUUACUGGAGAUUGUGCUUUUCGCGUAAAUGGCGAUUUACAUGAUCCUGCUCCUUUAUUUACCGAACAUGGUAAAUACGAGUGGUUGGUACCAAAUCCUGAAGGUGUGGUAGAGAUUAAAAAUGGUCAAUAUAUUGAUAUGUAUUGUACAGAAUCAUUUGCUAAUCCUUUUGUCAACAAGUCCACCAUAACAGCUCAAUGUUUACAAGGUCAAUAUUUCCUAGUAAAUGGUACAAUUUAUCCCUUCAGCAAUUUUAGCUGCACUGCUUGGCCAGCAUACACAGCACGUCGUACAGGAAGAGAAUGCAAUGGUGGUACAGAUUUAUUAGAAGUUGGUUUUGAAGUAAUUGGAGGUUUUAUACAAACCAUGGACGUUUGUCAUGAUGAAAUCAAUGAAGUAACACGUUACGUUCAUCAUGUGCUCAAUCCCUCAAGUUCAGUGUAUCAACGUUCCGUUGCCAGGCCACGUUUUGUUGAAGGUGAUUUCUAUGCUGGUAAGAAUGUAGAUAAUCUAUAUACCAAGGUACAACAAAAUAAGACCCUUAGCUCUAUAUUGGGAAUGGAUGCUUCUGCCUAUUUCAAUGACAGCAUAGAUAUUUUCAUGGCUCGUGGUCAUAUGGGUGCUAAGACCGAUUUUAUAUUUGGUUCACCUCAACGUGCCACAUUUCUAUUUGUAAAUGUUGCUCCUCAAUGGCAGGCUUUCAACGGUGGCAAUUGGGAACGUGUGGAAGAUGGUGUGCGCAAGUAUGUAUCCAACAAGGCUUUGACUGUGGAUUGCUAUACUGGUACCUGGGGCAUCUCCACUUUACCGGAUGUCAAUGGCACACAAAAAGAAUUAUAUUUGUCUUUUGAUGAGAACAAUAAUGGCUUGAUACCUGUACCCAAAAUUUACUACAGAGUGGUUAUAGAUCGUGCUACUCGUCAGGGUAUUGUUUUAAUAGGUGUCAACAAUCCUCAUGCUUCUCUGCAACAGGUCAAAGAGGAAUAUAUCAUUUGUGAGGAUAUUGGUCAUAAAAUUGAUUGGCUGCAAUGGGAUAAGAAUGAUUUACAUAAAGGUUAUUCUUACGCCUGCUCGGUACCCGAUUUCUUAAGAGUCGUUAAGGAUUUGCCAGUUGAGAGCCUUGAAACAACCGGAGUUUUGGGCAUAAAUGAGGUAGGCUGCUCUUUCCGGGUAAGUGGUGAUUUAAAGGAUCCCGCUCCCUUAUUUGCCAAAGCAGGAGUUUAUGAUUGGUUAGUACCCCAACCUAAUGGUCUGGUUGAAUUAAGUUAUGGUGAAGCCAUUGACAUGUAUUGCAGUAACUCCUUUAUCAAGCCCUUUGAAAAUCAUACCAAAGUGAGAGCAUACUGCUUGAAGGAUUCCAAUUAUCUAGUAACUGAUAAAUAUUACAAUUUUUCUAAUUUCUCCUGUUCGGCUUGGCCUACUUAUACAGCCAGACGUACUGGCAGACCAUGUAAUGGUGGCACCGAUUUACUAGAAGUUGGUUUUAAGGUUUCACAAGGAUUUUUGCAAACUAUGGAUAUUUGUCAUGAUGAAAUUAAUGAAGUAACCCGUUAUGUUCAUCAUGUACUUAAUCCUUCCAGUUCGGCGUAUCAACGUUCUGUGACUCGACCCCGUUUCGUGGAAGGUGAUUUCUAUACCGGCAAGAAUGUGGAUAAUUUAUAUACUAAAGUUCAACAAAAUAAAACCAUAAGCUCUAUAUUAGGCAUGGAUGCUUCUCCUUAUUUCAAUGAUUCUAUCAAUCUAUAUAUGGCUCGAGGCCAUAUGGCUGCCAAAGUAGAUUUUAUUUUUGCUUCACCUCAACGCUCCACCUUUUUCUUUGUAAAUGUGGCUCCACAAUGGCAGGCAUUCAAUGCUGGCAACUGGGAACGUGUAGAAGAUGGUGUACGUAAAUAUGUAUCCAAUAAUGCCUUAACUGUAGACUGUUACACUGGUACUUGGGGUGUUUCCACUUUGCCCGAUGUUAAUGGCACCCAUCAAGAGCUAUAUUUGGCAUUCGAUGAGAAUAAUAAUGGUUUAAUACCAGUACCGAAAAUAUAUUUCCGCGUGGUAAUCGAUCGUGCAACACGUCAAGGUAUUGUUUUGAUUGGUGUCAAUAAUCCUCAUGCUUCACUGCAACAAAUUCAAAAGGAAUAUAUUGUUUGUAAUGAUAUAAGUCAUCAAAUUGAUUGGAUAAAUUGGUCUAAGAAAAAUAUUAUUAAGGGCUAUUCAUAUGCCUGUACUGUACCCGAUUUUCUGGAAACAGUAAAAGACUUACCCUUGGAACAACUACAAACUACAGGCGUUUUGGGUCUUUCUAAUGUUGCUGGUGAAAUGUUGACGCGCCAGAUUGUGAAAGUUUUUCAAUGUUAUUUUGCAGCGUUAAUUAUACUGACGCUGUUGAGUGUAUUAAUUGUUGAGGUGGAGUGUCGUCGAGCCAUUCAACCUGUUGAAGAUGUUGGAGAUAUUGUUAAACGAUUAAAUAAUAUUAAUUUAAAUGUUGUCGAUAAUGAAGGGCCACCUUGUUUAUUGGACAUACAACAGGAUUUACCAAAAAGAAACAAACCACAGCCUCUAUACAUUAUACCAGAUACAAAUCAAUUUUGGUUACCCAAUGAGCGUGGCCAAUUGCAAAUACCACGUGGUGCUGUCAUAGAAUUACAUUGUUCAAAGUCAUUUGCCAAUACCACGGAGUACAAUAAUACUGGCUCAGAAUCAUCCAACAAAAACCAAAACAAUAGUAUAAAAUUCAAUAAUAUCUUACAAGUGGCCAAGAAUACAAAGACAUUACGACCACGUUGCUUACACGAUAAAACUUUCCUGUGGCAGGGAGAGAAGUACGAGUUUCAACAAUUCAUUUGUGAACAACCGGCCAAGUAUAUGGUUGAACAAUUGCAUGCAAAAUGUCCAACUAUGACAGAUGAUCAGGCAUCCGUGGAAGCUCAAAUGUACCGUAUAGGUUUCAACAUUACUGGUAAUCGUUUUCUCGAAACAAUGCGUAUCUGUUAUGACGAUACGUUGUUGCGUACAUUGUAUGUGCAACAUACAUUGUUGCCGGCUAGUGUACAUUUUCAGAAAAACGUUAAGCGCUUGAAUUUUAGCAAAGCUGGCCAUUUCAAAAAUGUCAAUAUGAAUCAACUUUAUACACAACAAUAUCAGCGACAGCAAGCAGCAGGUUUGUUGCAGGGACAGCAUGAACAUCUUUUCGACAACAAUACAUUGUUUUUGGCUCGUGGCCAUUUGGCAGCUAAAUCCGACUUUAUCUAUGGCAAUCUACAAAGAGCCACCUUUAAUUUCUUUAACGUUGCUCCGCAGUGGCAGGCAUUCAAUGGUGGCCAGUGGGCAGCCCUAGAGGAUGAAGUGCGUAAGUUUGUGGCAAAGUCAAAGCUAAUGGUGGACUGUUAUACUGGCACCUUUGGUGUAUUACAAUUGCCGUACAAAACAGGUGGUAGUGGUGGUGGUGGUGCUGGUGUAGUGCAAUAUCGUGAUUUCUAUUUAACCAGGGACAGUAACAACAAUGGCAUUCUACCCGUACCUCAGUUAUACUAUCGUGUGCUAAUUGAUCGUUCACGUCAGCCCAUGCGUGGUAUUGCUUUAGUUGGCGUAAAUAAUCCUCAUGCAACGCUAAAUGAAAUCAACUCAUCGUAUAUAAUCUGCGAUGACAUUCAUGACCAGGUGUCCUGGUUGCGUUGGAUGCGUAAUAAAAAUUUAAAAAAAGGUUUUAUGUACGCCUGUCAAGUGCCUGAUUUUGUUGCUGCUGUGGGACAUUUACCAAAAAGUUUGUUGAAUGUUAAAGAACUUUUAGUCUAAAUGAAUGAUUGUGUUCAGAUGGAAAGUUGAUUAUAUUAAAACGAACGUAGUUUUCGAUCGUAGAUUAUAAAUUAAUUAAUUAUGUUAUUUAUUGUUUAGAAUAAGAUAUUUAUUUUUUAGAAAAUUUAGAAAAAUAUUCCUGUACUUUAUUUGUCACAAGAUUGAAAUGAUCAUUCAUUUAGUCGUGUAAAUUAAUUAAAGUUGUACUAAUUUUCUAUGAUUUUAGUUUUGCAUAUUUUUAGGCAAAAAAAUAUUUUUUUAUACCCACUAUUGUUUUAUACUGUACCCUACACCACUACAAUGAGGUUUGUAACACCCAAAUAUAUUGGUCCUACAUCCACCUUAAAGUAUACCGAUCGAUUCAGAAUCAUUUAUUGAGUCGAUUGAAACAUGUCCGUCCUUCCAUCCAUCUGUCCGCCUUUACGCACAAUAUAGGGUAGAAGGGGGAUCAGUCGCCAUAGGGGCACUGUCAAUGUGAAUAACUUGAAAACCAAGUAAUCGAUUCGCCAUAGGGGCACUGUCAAUGCAAAUAACUUGAAACCCGAGUAAUCGAUUUUAUCGCAUUAAUAAAUUUUGUUUUCAUUUAUCGAUUAUCUAUCAUCCCUGAAAAUUUGAAACAUAAACUUUACAUAUGAUGGGAGGGAGACAUGAUUAAU